GGACUUGCCAGUGUCUUCCCCCCCUUCUUCUUCUUCUUGCACCUUCCACCUCACGUUCUCACGUUCAGUAGGUGAGAGGCUUCAUUCGCUCCGGGUGUGAACAUCACAAACAGCCAUCAUGUCUGACGGAAAGAAAAUGACAUCCAGCCGCAAGCAUCAUCUGAAGAGUUUGAUGCUUCAGAUCGCGGCCGGCUGGAUCGAGCAGGAGAAGAAAGAUCUGGUGGUGGCGAAGGAAGCUUACCUGGCUGAGAGCUGCCCCAAACCCGACCUGCACGGAGACCAGGCCGCCCUCAUGGAAAUCUGCAAGAAGAUCGGCCAAGCUCUCGACAAGAUCGAUGAGACGAGGUACGACUGUGAGUCCAAAGUGACGAAGAGCGACAAAGAGAUUGACGAUCUGAAGCUGAAGGUAGUAGAGUUGGCCGGAGUGAAGAAGCCGGCUCUGAAGAAGGUGCGCAUGUCAGCUGACGCCAUGCUGCAGGCUCUGCUGGGUGGGAAACAUAAGGUCACCAUGGAUCUGAGGUCCAACCUGAAGCAGGUCAAGAAGGAGGUCAAAGAGGAGUCGACAGAGCAAGUGGGCGACUGGCGUAAGAACAUUGAGGAUAAGGCUGACAGGAAGAAGAUGUUCGAGACUUCCUAAACGGCUGGUGGACCGUCGGCAUGGCGACAGCAGGGAAGACGUUUUGUGUCCGAGGUCUGAGUGACUGAAUGUGUCUCUAUAGGGACGAGAGCUUUUUUGUUGUCUUUUUGGUUGUUUUGUGAUACCGUCGCCGCUCCGUGAGACACUGAACUGAAAUCAAGUUAAAAUAAAAAAAACGUCAUCAUUGUACUCAGGGUAAAAAAAAAAAGAGAAAAAAGAACAAAGGAAGAAAAAAACAUCUGGCAGAGAAACAUGUACAGGUUUUCAUUAGAAAUAAAUCUUUUAAA